AUGGCGGAAUUCAUCGUUGGAGUCAAGUACAAGCUGAAACGCAAGAUUGGCAGCGGUUCCUUCGGUGAUAUUUAUUUGGGAAUCAAUAUCCAAAAUGGCGAGGAAGUAGCUGUAAAAUUGGAAUCGGUGAAGGUAGGUGGUUUAUUCUUGUUUCGGAUUUAGGGCCACAAUGAUCAACCCGAUAUCCCUCUUUACAGGCCAGACAUCCCCAACUUCUCUAUGAAUCUAAGGUUUACAAGAUCUUAUCUGGCGGAGUUGGUGUCCCUCACAUCAGAUUCUAUGGUGUAGAACGGGAUUACCACUGUCUAGUGAUGGACCUUCUGGGCCCAUCGCUGGAGGAUCUGUUCAACUUCUGUUCACGCCGUUUCACCAUGAAAACCGUCUUGAUGUUGGCUGAUCAGAUGAUCGGAAGAAUCGAGUUCAUGCAUGUAAAGAACUUUAUCCAUCGAGACAUCAAGCCCGACAACUUCUUGAUGGGAAUUGGAAGACAUUGUAACAAGCUGUUCAUUAUCGAUUUUGGGUUGGCCAAAAAAUAUCGGGAUUCCCGCACUCGGUCUCAUAUCGCUUACAAAGACAACAAGAACCUGACUGGAACUGCAAGAUAUGCUUCCGUCAACGCACACAUGGGUAAGUAAUUUAAUUUGGUUGGACCGCAUCCGUGUCAGUUUUGAGUCAUAUGAUGUACGAUUUUAGGUAUUGAACAGAGCCGAAGAGAUGAUAUGGAAUCGCUCGGGUAUGUUCUGAUGUACUUCAACAGAGGCAAUUUGCCAUGGCAAGGACUUAAAGCCGCUAACAAGAAACAGAAAUACGAAAAGAUCAGCGAAAAGGUGCGUCAUAAUGAGAUUUUGAGUUUUGAAAUGAAUGGAGAACAAAGAUAAUUAUGUAAAGUAAUGUGUGUCCGGUUUCAGAAGAUGACGACUCCGGUGGAGGUGCUGUGCAAGGGUUUCCCAUCAGAAUUCUCGAUGUAUUUGAAUUAUUGUCGUGGUCUCCGUUUCGAUGAGUCUCCAGAUUACAUGUAUUUGCGUCAGUUAUUCCGAAUUUUAUUCCGCACUCUAAACCAUCAGGUAAGGCUACUGAUUAUUUUUUUCUUAUCGAUUUUCACAGUUCAGACCUACUCUGUGAUUAUUACAACAAAAUCAGUUUGUUUUUGUUCUCUUUUGAGAUCAAAAAUAUGAUUAAAUUGUUUCGCAUUAUCUCUCGUUAUGUGUAAUAUAAUAUUUCUUCCAGUAUGAUUACACUUUCGACUGGACCAUGUUGAAACAGAAGGCGUCGUUGAACCAGGUCUCCAACCAGCCCGCCAACGGCCCCAACGCGACCACAUCAGCCAACCCAGAGACUCCUCAGGCGUCGGGAAACUUCCAGCCAGCUAUCUAA